GAAACAAGCUGUUAGAAAAAUUGAAAACCCAAGCGGUGAUGAAACCAAGGCAGAGGGGACGGAGAUUUCGAGGGAAACCAUUUCAUUCUUCUUCAUUAGCUAAGCCUAAGCUUCACCUCUACCAAACUCAUAAGUCUAUCUCUUGACUCUCGCUCUCUCAUAAUUUCAUCUUCUUUCGAUGGAGUCCUCCGCCACUCUUCGAUCCUUCAACUAUUCUAUAGGUACCAUUCCACACGUGGGAUCGCUACUUGAAAGGCCUGGAAUGGUGUCUGUUCAAAGUAGUUGCUGGCAUGGCUUGAGUAAAUUUCACAAACUCAUUGCUUCUCCAGUGAAGCGAUACAGGACAGUUGUAUCGGGAGCAAAGACUUCUGAAGCUACUGUAGCAGCCAAGUCUGAAGUUUCAUCUGGGAGUGCUACUCAAAGCUCUUUAGAGAAGAAUACCCUGAGGAAUGCAACCUUCCCAAGUGCAGUUGAGGCAUUGGUGUUGGAGGUCUGUGAUGAGACAGAGGUUGCUGAGCUGAAACUGAAGGUUGGGGACUUUGAAAUGCAUAUGAAGCGAAAUGUUGGAGCCACUAAAGUUCCUAUGUCAAACAUUUCACCAACUACAGCACCACCUAUUCCAUCUAAACCUAUGGAUGUAUCAGCACCUGCAGCAACACCACCAGCACCAAAACCCUCCAAAGAAAAAACCAGUCCUUUUGCUAAUGUGUCCUUUGGAAAGUCACCCAAAUUAGUAGCCUUUGAGGCUUCUGGACCCAAUGGUUAUGUUCUAGUAUCUUCUCCAACGGUUGGUUCAUUCCGAAGGAACAGAACAGUGAAAGGAAAGAAGCAACCUCCCAUCUGUAAAGAGGGUGAUGUAAUUAAAGAGGGACAAAUAAUAGGAUACUUGGAUCAAUUUGGCACUGAACUUCCUGUGAAGUCAGACGUGGCUGGAGAAGUAUUGAAGCUCCUAUUCAAUGAUGGAGAGGCUGUUGGUUACGGAGAUCCUCUCGUUGCCGUCUUGCCAUCGUUUCAUGGUAUUGAGUAAGCUCUCUCCUACUAAUACCGUUUUUGCAGUCUUUGUUGUUGGAGAGUAAGGCCGACCGGCUUAACCAUUUAUUUCAAGUCCUUGAAUUCUUUCCAUCGAUUGGUCUUUUCUGUUUGUUCAAUCAGAAGACAUGAAUCUAAUUGGUGAUAUGUACUUGACCUCAAUGGAUCAAUUAAAUUUAGUUGAAGACCCGUGAACAAGUUGAUUAAGCAGACUAUAGAUUGAGAAAGAAUAUUGUCAUUUAUGUUUGGAUCAUAUUCUUGUAAAAUCUUUGUCAAGUUGUAGAUGUUUGUUGUAUCCCAAAAAAUACAGACGGCUUCUAUC